UUUUUCUUCCAUGGAUGAAUGUAUCCCCGACCCCCUACGUAUAUCGGCGUUUGAUUUUUAUGUCUACUUUCUUUUACAUGAUACUCAACCACGUUAUUUAAUAAGUGUUAAAAUAUUUUUUGACUUUUAUAUUUCUAAUUAAUAUUUUAUUUCCAAAUGGCUCCAGCUACUGCAAAACAGGUAACAUUAAUUUAUUUCCUUAGAUUUAUUUUGGUUCAUUAAAUUACAUAUUCCGUUCAGUCACAAAUAAUUGUAGGUACCUAUUCUUUGAUCAUAAAGGUAGACAUUAGUUAUACCUAUUUGUAAAAAUUGAAACAGUUUUAUGUCUAUGAUAAUUCCGUUUUUACAGAAAAAUAAAAAACUCAUUAUCAUUGGAUUUUAAACGUGUUAUUUCUAUCAUGUAAAACAAAAUAUUCAGUAGUUGUUAACUAACCUAUUAAGUUUAAAAUAAAUAAAAUUAUAUAAGUCGCGUUCUUCAUUGUAAUAUUUUUUAUAAGUCUUAAUAAUCAAUUUCUAAUGUAUUAGGCCAAAGCCGGUGGUGGCGACAAAAAGCCUGCAGCCAAAAAGCCGCAGGCUCAACAACCUGCCAAGGCUAAACAAGAAGUACCUAAGGCAAAAGCUGAGCCUAAAACUCAACCAAAAAAACCGGAACCCGUUGUUGAACCAAAACAACAAGCUAAAAAGGAUACAAAACAACAAGCUGCUCCAAAACCCCAACCUGCUCAAGAGAAGAAACCGGCUAAGGAACAACCUAAGAAAGAAGCUGUAAUAAUAUUAUUUUAUUUAUUAAUUUUCUGAUUCCUGGAUGAAAAGUCCGUUUGAAAUAAUUUUUGACCAAAAGUCCGAGCACAAUUUUACAUUAUUCAACAAUAAUUGUAAUUUAAAAUGAGUUAGGUUUUGAAUAAUAUUCGAUAUAUAAAUCGAUCACUUCAAUAAUAAAAAUAAUUACAAUUUUCAGUUUACCAAUAAAAGUUAAUAAAAUAUCUGGAAGUUUUUUUGAAAUUUUAUUUGAACAUUUCCAUCAAAUACUCGAAAUAAAUUUUUGUCUUCACAAACUGUAGAUAUAUGCAUAUCCAUUAAAUCAAUUUUUUAUUUUUUUAAUAUAGUAUAAAUAUAGUUGAUGAAUAAAUAUUCUAUUAGAUGUAGGUUUAUCUAAAUUGUGGGUAAAAGAAAUAAUAAUAAGAUUAUUUUUAUUUUUAUAAAUGUUUUUCAAAUUUUUUGUCUGACAUUGAAAAUGUGCUCGGUAUUUUUGUCAAACAAUAAAGAAAUGUGAAUGAACAGUUUUUCCAUAUUUUAAUUUGUUUUUUUUUUUUUUUUUUUUUUUUUUUUUUAAGGCACCUGCUCAAAAGAAGGGUGCUGAUAAUAAGAAAGAUAGUGGUAAGAAACCUGCUGUGCAACAACCAGCUAAGUCUAAUGCUAAAGCUGAACCAACUAAAGAAAAACCUAAGGCUGCUAAAGUUGAUCCUAAAGCUAAAAAAGCAGAACCAGAAAAGCCAAAAGCUAAAGAGCCAGAAGUGAAACAGGUUAAGAAAGGUCAACAACAAGCAGCCCCUGCUAAAUCUAAGGGAAAGAAAGAAGAUCCUAAAACAGCUAUUAAAGAAGAAUUUAAAGGUAAAGCUGUAAAACGCCCUGCUGAAGAAACUCUUAAAAAUGCUAAAAAGGAUAAGAAAGAAACAGCAGCCAAAGUAGAAAAGAAAUCUGAACCUGCUAAAACUGUUAAGAAAGAAGAAGUUUCAAAGAAAGCUCCAGUAGUUGCGAAGAAAACUGCUGACAAAAAACCAGAAGAAAAGAAACCAGCAACUAAGGCCACUGCACCUGUACCUCCAAAAAAAACUUUGACUUCAGCAGUCACUGUUAAAAAGACAGUAGCACCACCAACAUUAAAGAAAGCACCGGGUGCCCCAAAAAAACUAACAUUGACAAAAAAACCAACUACUGCACAGAAGAAACCUAAGGCAACAUUAAGAGGUAAAGGAGCUGUUUUGAAAAAAAAGAAGGAAACUAGAAAAAUGACAAUAGAUUGUACUCAUCCAGUUGAAGACAGCAUUAUGGAUGUCAAUAAUUUUGUAAGAUUAAAAUAAUUUAAUUUAUUUUGUAACUGACAUUUUUUAUAAAUAUAAUUAAUUUGCUUAUAGGAAAAGUUUCUCCAAGAAAGAAUGAAGUAUAAUGGAAAAACCAAUAACUUUGGUAAUGUUUUAUCAUUAGAGAAAACUAAAACUAAAAUUAUUGUCAAUUCUGAUGUACCCUUUACUAAGAGGUAUAUAAUAAUAAUAUUUAACCAAUAUUCUUUUUAUUACAUAAUUAUUAUUUUUAUUUACCUAGAUACUUGAAAUAUUUAACAAAAAAAUACUUGAAGAAGAACAAUUUGAGAGAUUGGUUGAGGGUAGUCCACAGUGGCCCAGACAGUUAUGAACUGAGAUACUUCCAGGUAAUUUCUGAAGUUAUUAAUAAUUACUAGUGUCAAUGAGUUAAAUGAGUAAGAAUUCCAUGUGCUAUACUCUACACAAGAUAUAACACAGAGAUAAUUAUUAAGAACAAAUUCUAGAAUUCUGAUUUUUACAAAUAUUUACUUACGAUUAGAGUUUGGGAUUUUAAAUAGCACAUCAUAGUAGAAGGUUAACGCUUCUAUUAUGUCCUUCCUCCUGCAGCUGUAACUGAUUGAACAAUAGUUCCCAACCUGAUACAACUAAGUGAAUUAUUAAUUUUAUGUAUUUAAAAAAGAAUUACUUUGUGUUUGACUUUUUUGUAAUGUUAGAAAUAGUAUUUAUUAAGUUGGAACUGUUCUUAUGUUAUUAAGUGCUAUUCAUAUCCUACUUAUAAUAAUAAUCAUUAAAAAUUAAACUUUUAAAUUUUAAUAAAAACUGAAUAAUUGUAACGCAAGGCUCCAGUAGGGUUGAGUAAUCACAUAUGACCACUUAUUUUUUAUUUGUAAAUAGUGAUUGUUGAAUUUGUGUACAUUAAUUUAUUUACACAGAUAGUAUAGGAUGGCCAUAAAACGGGAAAAUGUUUCACUGCACAGUGUUCUUAAAAUCCAGUUCAUAUGUGAACCAGGCUUAGACUUUAAAAGUUAAACCAUUGGUAGACAUAAUUGUAUUUAUGGUAUAUCUAAGUAUUAUUAUUUUUUUUUUUUAAUUACUAGAUAGAUUAAAUCAAAUUCUAAUACUAAAAAACUCUUAAGAUUGUCAUAGGUGGUGACUACCCUAAUUAUUACAAGAAAACAAAACUUAAAAAUUGAAUAGAACAAAAGUUAUUUCAGUUUUUAGAUCUCUGGGUUACAAAUUGCAUAAUGUACAUUAUGUUUAAGUAUGAUAUCUUUACAUUUUCACUAGUUAAAAAUAGAGAUGUUACAAACACUGAUUUUUAAGGUUGAACCAAACUUUUUCGUCUAAUGGCGCCCUUUUGGAACUGAAUAUUCCUCAUAGCGCCCCCUGAUAAAAACGAAUACCAUUUUUUUUUUUUUAUUUAGAUAAAAUAAAGAAUAAAGCAUUUUAAGGAUAAUAAAAAAACUAUUGUUAUUUUAUAAAUUUUUAGUAAAUACUAAAUUUAAUGGGAUGGAUGCGCUUGCAAAUCACUGCACAAUUUUUCAUAUCUUAGAAUCAAAGUAGAUACAGCCACUCAUUUCUUUUUCCACAUUUAUUUUUGAUCGAUACCUGCUUUUUAUCACUGCAAUCGCCAAAGACCCAGCUUCGUAUAAAUAAAAAGUUAAAAAUAGAAUUAAGAUUCGUUGUGAUUUAUCACUUAUAGGGAAUAUUUAUCCUUAUUUUAUUAAAUUUCAUUCUACUAAAUUUCGCUUUCAAACUAUUGUCACAAAACAACUCGAUAAAACUUUUUUCUUCUAUAGAAUCAAAAUCAGUUGAAGCAAUAGAGUUAAACGAAUCUUGAAUCUAUGACAAUUUACCAAUAUUUUCAUUUUGAAAAUACUUCUCAAACCAGAUUACAAGUUGUGAUAAAUUGAUUUUCAAAAAUGGAUUUCAUAUCUAGAGAGAUUUCAGACCCAUUAGAGCAAGAAAACUGCUGCAAUAUGAGAAAAGCAUCCUUGCUGUUGCUUUCAUUUAUUUUUCUUUUCCACAAUUUGAGUUUUUUUUAUAAAUGCUGUAGUUUUUUCCAUGGAUUUUAAAAUGUGCAAUUUUUUUUCUUUGCAAUAAGAUAUUCAAUGUAUUUAGUUUCUCAAAAAUGUUACACAAAUAUGCUAAUUUCAUUAAAAAAUUGAUGUCUGAAAAUUCAUUGGUGUUUUUCUGUUCUUUUUUAAUAAAUACAUAUAUUUACUGCUGCAGUUCAAACGUACGUAAUAAAAUAUUACCACUAGAAAGCCAUCAUGCACUACUGUAAUAUAGCAAACUUGUCCAACAAACAGAUCCCAUAUCUCCACAUAGUUUUUUGAAAAACCUUGACUUCAGUGUACGAGUUUUUAUAAAAUUGACUACAUUCACCACACAUUCUAAAACUUGGUUGAGUGCAGGACUUAAAUACUUUGACACAAGCUUUUCGAUGUAUAAUACAAUGUGUUGAUUUUUUUUAUCAAUUAAUCAUUGAGGUCUUCUGCCAUUUGAUUUAUUCUGCGACUGACUGUGUUAUUAGACAAAAGGCACAUUUGAAAGUAAUUUCCUAACAUAUUCCCCUACCAUAUCUACUGCAACUGGUUGGAUAAGCUCUUCUGCAAUUGUAUGGGGUUUUUUACAAUUAGCAAUUCUAUAAGCCACUUUGUUAGAUGAUAACAAAGCAUUUUUUUGGUAUUGAUGCAUUUAUGAUAAACGUACUUUUUUCCAGUAUGAGUCUUCAUCUUAACUUUCUAGAAAAAUCUCGCGAUUUUCUAACUGCGUGCUUGUGAUUUGCUUCUAAAUGGCGCUUCAAUUUACUCGACAACGUGCAUUUUGGUGCCUAAACUUUCAUACACAAUACACACAAUGGUUUCUCCUCGCCAUUAAUUUCUGUUGGUGUAUAAACAAACUCCAAAUAACUGUAAUCAUAAUUCUGAUAUUUUCGCUUUUUCACAACCAAGCCGUGGCUGGAGGGUAUACACUUUCUUCAUCUUCCCAACGUUUAUUAUUAUUCAAUAAAAAUCGAUCAAUUGUCAAAAAUAAAAGGAACACAAAACUAUUGCUAUAGAAAACGUGAAUUAACAACACAACUGCGUGUAUUGGUGUUUAAGCUAAAACAAAUUACACCAGACGUGGACACGUGCGGUCGUGGUAAUGUAGUAUUUUUCAUAAUUGCUUUAUGGAGAUCGGCGCUCAUUAUUGUACACCAUGUGAUAUAUGAACGGUGUAUAGGAAACCUAUAUAUCUAAAAACUACUUCUUUCAACAGUAACUAUUCAAAUCAUUACUAACAAAACUAUUGUUGAAAUCCAUUAAUAGAUUAUUAUAAUUUCAUUGCGUAACCAUAUAAUUAGUUUGACCAGCGGAGUCAUUUUUCAAUCAUUAGAAAACUAAUUUUUUUUUAUAAACUAUGUCAUGUUUUUAUUUAUUUUUUCAGAUUAAUAAUGCUGAAGAUGAUGAUGAAGAGGACAAUGCUGAUUAAAGAUAGAUGUUGACUUUAAUUUUUAAUUGUUUGACCUUGUAAAUCAUCUUAUUAAUAAAAAUGAAAAAACGAAAAACAGCUAGCUUGGUUAAAUUUUUUAACUUGACAUCUUUUCAUUCUUUAAGUUUCCUGAAAAAUAAUAACAUAAAUUAGUUGUUAUAACAAAUAAUAUUAAAAAUGCUGGGAAUCUACUGUUUAUUUUUGUAAUAUUGAUAAAUAAUUAUUUUCUAUUACAAAAUAACUUCUGUAAAAUAAAUGUUUGGACCAUCAUAUGCAUUUUUGUAAUAUGUUAACAAUAUGAUUUAUGAAAAACUGUCAUGCUGUACUGCACUACUAUUUUAUAUUAAAUUUUUGUAUUCUACUUCAGAAAACAUUAUAUUUUCAUUAAAAAAGUAUAAUAUCCCAGUAAAAAUUUAUUAUAUAGUAUUUCAUCCUUAAGGACUUGUGAGAUUUAUUUUUAUUAUAUUACAAACCUUCUAAAUAAAAUUUAAAUAUUAUUGACAGUCAUAAUAAUUUUAAACAUUAAAUGGUCUUUUAUUAUUUUAAUUAGUACAAAAUUGAUGACAAUUGAUUCACGUUUGACAUUUAUACUAAUUUGUAUUAUUGCCAAUGAGUAUAAAUCAUAUACUUGAGCAGUUCUUAAAAUACAAUAAGAUUCGAUAAAUUAUUCUCAUGCUUAUAUGAAAAUAUUAAAAAACUAACAUACCUAUUUGAAUAUUGUAAAAUUAAACAAAUUUUUUUCUUUUUUUUUUCUGUUAAUUAACUAUUGAAAGAAGC